GGCGUCACGUCACUCUUUCGAGUACUUUGAAGUAUCUUGUGUUCAGAUCAUAUCGGCUUGAGCCGAAGGUUUCAAGCUGUCGUCACUCCACCAAGUCAUCAUCAGCUUCGUGCUGUUUCUUCGCGCGGCGUACACUUUUUUCCGCGGCACACUUUUUCGCCAGUCCAAACACCCGUUCUCUGUAAUGAUUCAUGUUAAAUGGGACCGGGAGACCCUGCAUUUUCCACUGCCUCCUCCGGAGACUAAGCUCGGAAAACUGAGAGCAGACCUAGCAGAAUAUACCCACCUUCCUCUCGGAUCCUUCAAGCUCAUUCACGCUGGAGCUGUGAUGAAGGAUGAUUCCGCGCCACUGACAGCUUAUAAAAUACGCGAGAACUCUACUAUUGCGCUGAUCGGCGGUCAUUCACUUCCAUCAGCACCGACGCCUGCACCGCCAUCUAGGCCACAACCUAAAGUGAAAGAGCCUCCAACAGAACAAAGCACUAUCACUGCUAUCUGGACGGAGCUCGAUCGUGUACGGACAACACUGGUACCAGACGUCGACGCAUUGGUCAACGCUCUUACUCCUUCCGCGACCACAACCGUGUCAUCCCCAACACCCACAUCAGGAAGUGCACCAACGCAGUCAUUUAGCUCCACUGCGCAAGCUCCUCAUUCAACCCCUUCUCAUCCUAUGCCCAUUUCAUCGAAACCCACUUCGUCGGAUCACACGCGCUUAUCCGAACUUCUUCUGCAGUCGUUGUUGCGUCUUGAUGCUAUGCAUCUGGCGGGAUCGGAUUGGCCUGAGGCUCGAGCGGAACGUAAAGCUGCUGUUCGCGAGGUUCAGGGAGUGCUUGACCGGUUGGAUGGCGCUUGGUCGGCGCGAUGAGUGCUGCUGGCUUAGGAUAUAUAGACGGGAGCUAGCAGGUUCACUAUUAGUAUUAGAUGAUAGAGGAUAUGUCUUGGACUCUGGAUGGUAUAUCCCUUAGUAUAUAGCGGAACUUUUGAUUUUAUCCUCACAAAGUUCCAGUUUGUCGCCUCAUGCAAGACAGAAUUCUAGCUUCAAAAAGUGAAACUACUGUGAUUCAGUUGG